AAGCGACACAUGCAGAUUGACGGGAAACCUUAAGUUGUUAAAAGGAGUUGAUGUUGGUGACUACACUCUUCAUUUCCAAUUCAGUCCUCUUCGACCAACGUAGCCGUCACCAUGGCUGCGUCCGCAGCGCGUCCAUCAGUAUGGACCCUCAACGAGGUCGCCAUGGAUGCUGCUCUCACUCCGAUAGAGAAGAAAUUCUUGCUACUGGUCGAGCGAGGCGAUGUCGCCUCCACCAGAAGAUACAUCGACGAACACAAGGAGAAUCCUGAAUUUAACAUUGACUGCAUUGAUCCCAUGGGCCGGUCUGCUUUGUUUUCUGCAGUGGACAAUGAAAACAUGGAAAUGAUGGAAUUACUUUUGGAAAAGGGGAUAAAAAUGAAGGAUGCCCUUCUUGAAGCGAUACGAGAACAAUACGUGGAAGGUGUUGAAGUUUUACUGGAGUGGGAGGAAAAGAUCCAUAAGGCUGGCGAUCUUUAUAGUUGGGAGUCUGUGGAAAGGUCCCAAGCCAAAUUCACUCCAGACAUCACUCCGCUCAUGCUCGCUGCACACAUGGAUAAUUUUGAGAUCAUAAAAACGUUGCUAGAUCGAGGAGCAACUGUGCCAUCUCCACAUGACAUCAAGUGCAGUUGCGAUGACUGCCUGACUUCCAGCAAGACCGACUCUUUGCGCCAUUCAUUGGCCCGAAUAAAUGCUUACAAAGCCCUGUCAAGUCCUUCGCUGAUAGUUUUGUCUUCACGAGAUCCUCUAAUGACUGCUUUUGAGCUGUCUUAUGAGCUAUCUAAGCUGCGACGACUUGAAAGUGAAUUCAGUGAAGAGUAUAAGAAUCUGCGAAAGAGAGUGCACGAAUUCACUGGAAAUUUGUUGGACUACACAAGAGAACAAAAGGAGCUGGAGGUCAUCCUUAAUUUUAACCCUACAGAGGGCUGGGAACCAACCAACAAAUAUUCACUGGAUCGAUUGAAGCUUGCCAUCAAAUACAAGCAAAAAGGCUUUGUAAGUCACCCGCAUGUCCAGCAAUUAUUGGGAGCUAUCUGGUACGAUGGAUUGCCUGGAUUUAAACAAAUGGGACAAAUUCAACAAAUACUGCAAGUAGUCAAGAUCUUCAUCCUAUUCCCAUAUUACUGCACGCUCUACAUGUUGGCGCCAGACUCAAAAGCUGGCCAAUUUUUAACGAAGCCGUUUGUACAGUUUGUUUGCCACAAAGCGUCGUAUCUCUAUUUUCUAGCCAUGCUGUGCGCUGCGUCUCAACGUAUUGAACACUUAACCGUACAAUUACUGGGCCACUUCUACGACCCCUUCUUUACUGAAGUAUAUGAGGAUUGGCGGCGUCGGGAACGUGGUGCAUGGCCAGGGUUGUUUGAAUCCGCGUGCGUCAUGUUUAUAAUGUCGAAUAUAUUUGCUGAGCUUUGCCAACUGUGGACCGACGGUCUUUCCGAAUUCUUGGAGGAUAUGUGGAACAUUCUUGAUUUAGCUAGUUAUAUGUUCUACUUCACCUGGAUUGCACUGCGAGUUAUUUCAAUCUUCGUCCGAUUUCGUGAACAGUGGGCAGGACUGGAUCCCUACUAUCCUAGGGAGCAGUGGGAUCCAUUUGAUCCUUAUUUAAUAGCUGAAGGAAUGUUUGCAGCUGGAAUGAUUUUCAGUGUGCUCAAGCUGGUCCACGUGUUCAGUAUAAACCCUCAUCUUGGACCCCUUCAGAUCUCUCUUGGACGGAUGGUUAUUGAUAUUAUCAAGUUCUUCUUCAUCUACACGUUGGUGCUCUUUGCUUUUGGCUGUGGAAUGAACCAGCUUCUGUGGUAUUAUGCCGAGUUGGAAAUGCAUGAGUGCUAUAACAUCCCAGAAGAGCCUGACACUCCUAACUUCAACGACCAGGAUAAAGCAUGUACCAUCUGGCGAAGAUUUUACAAUCUUUUUGAAACCUCCCAGUCCAUGUUCUGGGCCAGCUUUGGAUUGGUUGAAUUGUUUGCAUUUGACUUGGUUGGAAUUAAGUCGUUCACAAGAUUUUGGGCACUGCUCAUGUUUGGCUCUUAUUCAGUGAUGAACAUUAUUGUUCUGCUGAACAUGUUGAUCGCCAUGAUGUCUAACUCAUUCCAAAUUAUUUCUGAACGUUCCGAUAUUGAAUGGAAAUUUGCCAGAAGUAAACUGUGGAUUAGUCACUUUGAUGACAGCGGCGUUCUGCCCGCCCCUUUCAAUUGCUGCCCAAGCCCUGGAAUGUUCAGGGAUUUGUUUGGUGUUGGAAAGCAGCGUCGCACCAAGUCCAUGAAGUUGAAGACCAAAGAAAAGACUCAGGAACGUCAUGACAUUGUCGUAAAGCUAUUAGUGAAACGCUACAUCAGCACAGAGCAGCAGAGGCGAGAGGAGGAAAUUGGUAUUUCUCAGGAUGAUGUGGUGGAGGUACGGCAAGACAUUUCCUCCCUCCGAUAUGAACUUGUCGAUAUUCUUCGCUCAAAUGGAAUGACCACUCCUGACGUUGAGCAAAGUGACAUUGGAAGCAAGAAGGCCAAGCAGAUUGAGCGUAGGCUAAUGAAGGACUUCCAAAUUGGCUGUAUCGAAGGGGUUCUCGACGAUAUUUCCAAGACAGCAAAGUCGGGCGAUAUAUUCUCAAAAUUAGCUAAAGCGAUUGGAACCAAGGGCAGCAAAACAAAUUUGGGCAGCCAAGUCAAGCAAGACGCCUUUGGCCGCAAAAGGCCUGGUCAAUCAGGCAGCACUACUCAAUUGAACGCGUCCACUUCAAGGUUGCCAGCGACAGGAGAAGAGACUGCCUCUUCAUCAAUUGACACAGAAGAAUUGAAAAAGAAAUUCCCUAAACUGGAGGCAGAGUCUUACCAAACUCAAGUUGCCUUUGGCAAAUUCGCAAGAGGCAAAGCAAAGCUCAGAGACAAGUUGACUGUGGUGAAUGAGACAGGCGCUGCUUCAGCUGGAAAGACUGAGCCUCCCAAACCCACCGCAGCUCCACCUAAAGGAGCAGGAGCCGGCCCAUCAAAGGGACCAGAGCCAGCUAAGCAAACUAAACUGGCUGCUCCUGCAACUCCAGCAACCAAAUCUGCUCCCCCUCCUCCACCAGCAGCCGCCAAAGCAGGGCCAUCUACUACGAAGGUGGAGGUUGCAGCUACCAAAACAGAGCCAAUGGCUGCAGCUAAAACAGAACCGCAGAAUGAGCCAAAACCAGCUGAAAAACCUGCAGCUAAGCCAGAGUCCACCCCAAAGCCAGCAGACGAAAAGAAGCCAGCAGAUGAAAAGAAGCCAGCCUUGCAACCACCCCCCGCAAAGCCCAAAUCCAGCACCCCUGCGCCGAGUUCAGCAGUGAACAGGCCAAAACUGCACACACCCGUCCCAACAGGAGGAAAAUCUGUUGUUUCAGGCAGACACCUUGAUGGAUGGCUGUAAAAAUGUUUUGUUUCAUAGCCUCAGAUGUUAUUCUGAUUUUAUUGCAAACCCUAACUACGAUAAAUGUUUUAACUGAACUUUUGCACCAACAUUUUAUUCUUUUAGCGAAUUUAAAACAAAAUUUAUUUAUGCUUGUAGCACCUCUAAUCCUUUAGGUCAAUUUGGAGGGCAUUAAAAUCUUGCUCGCACAAGGCUGGAUGAUCUAUUCCUUUGAUAGGACUUGAAGGAAAUCAAAUUGCAAAACAGAUUGUAUCAGUGGGAAAAAAUCUCUUAAAUAAUGAGCAACAAUUAGCCACGUGUGUUUUGUUGCACUUAAGAAAACUGAAAUUAGACCUAAGCAAAAAAGGGGAAAAUAUUGUAUCCACGCUCUUAAUAGUUAUAUAUAUAAUGCUUUAAAUUUUCGUUUCAAAAUUAUUGUAAAACUCUUUGACGGUGUUUUCAUGUAUAAAUUUGAGAAAAAUAAUCGGGAAUAAAUAAGUUCUUUUGCCUUCAAUAUUGA